UAAAUGUGACACUCGCGCACAUAAAAUCAAUUAAAAUCAGUUUUUGAUAACAAUAUCAACACAAAUCCUAAAAGAAAAAGUCUUUGGGCACAAAAUUGGAGUAGAUUUUUGGUUUUGCAAUCAUCAAAUGAUAAAUCGCAUCAUGGCAAACGUUGACGUUAAAUUGGGUAUUAAGCACAUUCUGGAACGAGUCGAACAGGCAUAUUCGAAGAGAAGCCCGGAUAUUCGAAAUGCAAAACCAUCAUUGGUGGCUGUCAGUAAAACCAAGCCGAUUGAAAUGAUUGUCGAUGCAUAUUCAGCUGGACAACGACAUUUUGGAGAAAACUAUGUGAAAGAACUGUGGGAGAAGAGCACAAGUGAAUUGAUCAACGCACAGUGUCCGGAUAUUUGCUGGCAUUUCAUCGGUCAUUUACAAUCGAGUUCAGUUAAUAAGCUGUUAAAAGUACCACGAUUGGACAUGGUAGAAACCCUCGACAGCAUCAAAUUAGCCAAUGAAUUAAAUAAGAAAUGGGGAAACGUUUCGCCAAAUAAACCACUCAAAGUCUUGGUACAAGUGAAUACUAGUCAAGAAGAAGCAAAAAGCGGUAUUGAACCAAGCGCUGUGACUGACUUAUAUCGGCAUAUCACUGAAAAUUGCAAGCAUUUGUUGCCGAAAGGAGUAAUGACAAUUGGAAAAUUUGGAUACGACUAUUCUCUUGGUCCAAAUCCAGAUUUCGUAUGCCUCUUAGAUUGCCACAAAAAUGUUUGCGAUACGUUCAACUUAUCACCGGAAGACGUACACAUUUCGAUGGGCAUGUCAGACGACUUUGAACAAGCGAUUGAAAUGGGCAGCACAAUUGUUCGAGUUGGUUCGUCUAUUUUUGGAUAUAGACCAAAGAAAAUUGAUGGAGCUGAUGCGUAAACGUUAUGACAGAAAAUGCUUUGCAAUUAUUUACAACAUACCGAUUGGAAUAUGAUUCACUAACACCCAACACAAACUCUUCCUUGUACAUACAUAUGAAUUACCUUUUGAAUGGUUAAAUUUUGCUCUGAUGUAAUGUAAAUGUUAUUCAAUAGAGAAAAUAGCAAAUGGCGCUAAUUAUUAUGAAUAAACUUCUGGCUACAGCAAACAUA